AUGAGUUUUAUGAAAAUCGAUUGCUAUCUUUCGAAAAAGAGCACGUUGCCGAAAUACGACCCGCCCUACGUCAAGAAACCCAUCGCCAAGAGCUUCGCCGGCGGAUCCACCACCUCCAACAACUCGCAAGAAGACAUCUCCCUCGAGACCGGAAAAAUACACUCCUUCAAUAACACAUUCAGAGAUCACAAACAGAUGAAGCGAGUGCAUUCAGGUAGUGAAGAUGAACCGACUCACUCUGGUGAAGAAGAUAUAGCGUUCAUUGAUGUUACCCCAGGUAAUAUGUCGAAGCUGCCAGAAAAGGGUAUUUUGAAGAAACAUGGCUAUGGUGCUAUAGAUGGAAAAGACAAAUGGGGUGAUGACUCACAAUCUGAGCAUUUGGAAGCUGGAUCUCAGUCUGAUGGACAAGAACCUUCAGGGGCCGUUGCUGAUAUGGAAUACAAAUUUAAGGAUCUGAAUGGUUAUCAUGAAAACAUUAUUGAAGCUUUAAAAACGGCUGCGGCUCAGCGAGCAAGUUCUGGCGUGGCCGGUGGUUCCGGAGACUUGCGUGCUUUACAGGAAUACGAGUACAAACGGGAGAGGGCUCCCAGUGCGGAGAAAAUACACGAAGCGGAAUUGAGAAGACAGAGAGGAGAAGAAGAAGAGGAUGAUCAGCGACCCUGUGGACCAUAUCGUAUUAGAAACCUCGAGGAUCUCAUUCGGCAACUGGAGCAUCAUUCCAGUCGGCACAUGAGUCCAUCUGGUUCCGAAGACAUUAGAAUGGCAGAAACCGAUCCCGAUAGACAUUAUAGAAUUGAAGAUGUGCCACCGCGAUCGGCUGACAGCCGGUGUCGCGGCCGUCUUCCUCCGGGCGAGGAGGAAUCGCGGUUCGGGUACCGCGGCUUCCGGGGGAGCGGGCGGCACCACGGGAGCAUGUUCGCACCCGCACCUGCACCGGGCUUACUCGCGCACGCUCACGCUCCGCACGCCCCGCACGCUCCGCACGCACACGCUCCGCACCGCGUCCCCCCCGACGACGACGCGCUCUACGAGACGGCAGACACCGAACGACUCAGAGACGCGCCCGAUAGUGAAAGCGACCGAGCGGUAGAGAAAUACGCGUCAUCUCGAUUCGGCUGGAAUAGACUUCGGAGCCCGUUCGGCGCCGCAGAGCGCGCUCUCCGUUCCUCUUCUCUAUCAUUUUCUAGUGAUGAAUUUAUUCAAGCUCAACAACAGUUAGCCCGGUGGGCGAGUGAAGAGACGGUGCCGGUCCGGGAGUACUACCCCUCGCCGGCCGGCAGCUCCGCCAGUGACCGCCCCGGCGCCUUCCCGGACCAAGCUUUAACGGUCGAGAGCGAGCUCGACGAGCCGCGACGCGUCGCCGAGAAGGCGGGCACCCGUCCCCGGAGAGUCGUUCGACCCGCGAUCGUUCCGAAUCACCUCUCCGACAAACAGCCCGACUUCGCUGACCCUGGACGCCCGUUCGGUUUCGAAUCGUCGGAGGCGCCGACGUCACUCUAG